AUGACAUCGCCUAAUCAGAACGUGGUCAAGAGAGCCGAGGCAGCUCAGAAGCGAACCAAGGCUAUAAAACGCAAAGCAGGGGACAAGAUUGUCACUUCGAAGAAAGUACGUCGUGAAGGUAACAGCUCCAAACGAUCCUUCAUCGAGUUUAAAGAUACUCCCGCUAUCGACCCCAGAGACAUCUUCAACCACAUCCUGCAACACUAUUACGAGAACGUAAGACCCCUGUCUGUCAUCACCGAUUCCAGUCCGGUGGAAUUUCACAUUCCGAACGGCGGGAAAGACUACAUCGACUUGAGCAAGACUCGACUUCACGUCAAACUGAAGGUUACUCAUACCGACAAAACACCAUUAGCCGAUAAAGAAAAAGUAGGGCCCGUCAACCUCACUCUGCAAAGCUUGUGGAGUCAGGUGAGCGUGUUCCUACAGGGUCAACAGGUCAGCUCCAGCAAUGGCGGUUACCCUCACAAAGCCCUCAUGGAAACCGUUCUCGACUAUGGAACAGAUGCUCAGACCAGCCAACUGACUACUCAGCUGUAUUACAAAGAUUCGGGUGUCACCGUAGACGAGUUCAACUCCGGGGACCCCUACGCCUCUGGGAAUGACGGGCUCAUCAACCGCUGGAGGUUUUAUCGCCGGAACACAUCCUUUGUCUUGACGUCAGAAGAGUCUGAUAAGGAUUACACCGUCGAACUGCAAGAUGUGUACCUGAAAGUAUGCAAACUCAGAAUCAACGACGCUCUCAUCGUGGCCCACAACAAACAGUUCGAGAAAGGUAAUGCCAUGUACCCCUACGAAAGAUCCGUGGUCAAGAUGGCCUCGGUCGCCUCGUCCAGUCUGAGUUUUAACUGGGACCCCAUGUUUCAAGACGAAGUUCCCAGUCGACUGAUUGUCGCCUUGGUGAGGUCCAAUGGGGUGAACGGAUCGUACACGGCUAAUCCCUUCUGUUUCCAAGGAGACAUCAUUAAAAGCAUGGGACUGUACUUGAACGGUACCAGUGUACCAGGACGCCCGUUUGAGUCGGAUGACAUCGAGGCUUAUGCUAGCCUGUACGAUUGGAAUAACGAAUGCGCAAAGACAAAGGUUUGA